AUGGAGAUUGGAAACGUAAAGGCAGAUGUCAAUUUGGUGCUUAACUUGCGAGAAGCAGAAAGGCAUCGGCGAUAUUUUGAUUACUUUAUCGACGAGAUAUUAUGGUUAUCAUUUUUAGGUAUGUCGGAGACGAGCUUGAAAGAGGAAGAGGUAACGUUAGGUGGUGUUAAAGAGACGAGAGAAGAAGAAUGUUCCGACGAUAAACUUGUGUUGGAUAUUUGUCUGAAAAGGAAGAGAUUAGAUGAAGAAGAAGAAGAAGAAGUUGUGGAGGAAGAGAAUGAUGGGUUCAAGACACCGACUCGUCCGGAGAAUAGAAUCCCUAUAGUUAGAGAAUGUCCACCGGCGCCGAUGAAACGUUCGUCGGAGAUGUUUAGAGGUAGAACAAUGUAUUGCCGGAGACGGUUGAGUUUCUUGCCGGAAGAUGACGUCAACUCGUUUAUAACGGAUUUGCAGUGGAGGACGACAACAAUGACGAUCAAGAAAUAAGAUUAAUGAGAGAGAGAAAG